UAGGUUAUCAACAUCUGAUAGACGAAAACACUACCGCUAGGCUGGUGCACACAGUAAAAUUUCAUCGCCGCUGUGUUUGCUGCAAACAUGUUUGUGGUGCUGUCUCCCCAUACUGACGAGGGAAAAGUGAUAUUUGGUAAAAAUGCAGACCGCCCGUCCUCCGAGGUACAGGAAGUGAUCAGUCUGCCAGCCAAAGACCAUCCUGAUGGAGACAGUCUGCAGUGUACUUACAUUGAUGUGAAGCAGGUGCCCCACACCUAUGCUGUCAUCCUCAGUAAACCAGCUUGGUGCUGGGGGGCAGAGAUGGGUGCCAAUGAGAACGGAGUCUGCAUCGGAUGUGAAGCAACAUGGACAAAGCUCAACUCACCUGAUGAUUUGAUGGAGAAGUUACUUGGUGCAGAUCUUGUAAGACUCGCACUGGAGCGCUCUAAGACAGCACGGGAAGCCGUUGAAGCAGUGACAUCCUUGCUGUUGGUGUAUGGCCAGGGUGGGCGAUGUAGUGAAGAAACAAGUCUGGCAGGCUGGGCACAUCACAACAGCUUUCUGAUGGUGGACGCAACGGAAGGCUGGCUGCUGGAGACAGUGGGCUCUCACUGGGCUGCAGAAAGACUCACAGAUGGUUCUAGGCAUGUUUCUAAUGGACUAACAAUCCACACAAAAAUAGACCUGAUGUCAGAUGGCUUGAUGGAGGUGGCCAAAUCACUGGGCUCAUACACCGAAAAUGGUGGAAAGUUUGACUUUGCCAAAUCCUUCUCUGUGGAUGGAAUGGACCAGUCAGGAACCACUGCUCAAAGUGGCAUCCCCAUCAAAGGUCGGCAAGAGGAGGGACAGAAAGUACUGGAGCAUUUCAUUGGGCAAGGUAAAUUUGGCCUAAAACAGAUGUGUGAAGUAUUGCGAGAAGAUGAGGGCAUCAUUUCCAUGUCUGGAGCUUUCAUCUCUACAGCUAGUCAGAUAUCUGUAUUACCCCCUCCUGAGUCGGAGACACCUGCCUGCCAUUGGCUGACGGCCACACCUAACCCACGAAUAAGCUUCUUCAAACCCUUUGUCUUCACCCCUAAUGCAGACAUCGGUACCAACACAAAAUCGCCAGACUUUGGAGCGGACGAUCCAGUUAGAAAGGUGCCUCGGUUUCAGAGUGAGGUUGAUCGUCGACACCCACUUUAUCGACUCCAUGAAAGGUUUUGCUGGUAUCUCGAACAAGAAGAUCCAAAAGGCCAGAUGCUGCUGGCAAACAUCCAGGAGUUGGAGAAAAACUGUUUUGAGGACGUGGAAGAAGGUCUGAAGAAUUAUGAUGAGAAAAAUGCUGCCAGAAUGUCACAAGUUUUUGAUCAUAUGACUAGUCUAGAGAUGAACUUUUACAAGUGAAAAUCUUAAUCUUAUUAUUAUUGGUAUUUAUUUUGUUUGUGUAUAUUUACAAAUGUACAAGAGAUUCAAUAGCUGGCUCUAAAGGUUACCUUGUGAAAAUUCUGACCCUUGCUCUACACAGACAGACUGGUAUCUUGCCUUGCUCUUCACACGCAUACUGGUACCUUUACCCUUGUGCUACAAACACACAGGUAAUUUCACAUAUGCAUUUUAAAUGUUCUUAAAUUGUGGAUGUAUCAAAUUAAUAUUAUUUUGUUGGUGUGACAGGGAUGAUGACACGUCCACAAACAGCUGCUGUAAAUCUUCAGCAUUCUCAACCGCUAAAGCUCUUUUUUCCGUGGAAUUUAUGCAUGCAAUUAUUAGGAAAACAAUGCUAAAAAUGAUUUGUUUGUCAUUAAAAAUGCAAGAUUCGUGUUAAGAAAAUUUUUUCUCUACACCUCAUAGUUUUCUCAGAAUGUUCAAAAUAUUGGUUGCAGGGAUGUUUGAAAAGGUUGAAGAAUUAGGGUAAGAUGUGGGUGAAUAAGAUACCUAAUCUUGUAACAUACCUAAUCUUGUAACAUACCUGAGAUAUAUGUACUUUCAUCUUUCAGUAUAUCAUCAGCCCAGCCAUCCUCUGUACAGUACCACACAUACAUACAUGUAGCUUUCAAGUCUGUGAUCCUAACCAUACCUGGACAGAUCUCUUUUGUUUAGAUACGAUGCAAUCUUAGGCCACCAUUUUGGCUUUUUAUAGAUAUUUAUUUUUUUUAUUAUUGCCAUAUUUUAAAAUUUGGAGAUGGUUUUUGCAAUAGAAUUUUUAAUUCUGUUUUUAUUAUUGCUUACAACCAAGAUCAUCCAAGCAGCGUCAAUUCUGUAUUAUCACCCUUUUAAGCUGGAUCUCUGCUCUGGCUGUUGAUAAAAUUAGAGCUUUUGUGAUAGCCAGAAGAUAGUUAGUCCAGGAAGUUAUAGUAAAUGCCUAAAAUCAGUAGAUUAUACACCUGUGCAGUUGAAAAGAUUGGCUUAAAUGUUUUUGCUGUUGCCUUUUACCCAAUAGGAAGACUUACAUUUGACUGUAGUCAACUCGCUUUACUCGCAUGUAUACAGUAAAAUAAAGGCUCAGUCGGCGCUUACCGUUACAUUCUAGGAGUACUCUAAUAGUGUAGAUAUUCUCUUCAGUAUACUGUGUGAACAUGUUGUCAUCAAAUUGAUUUCGUUUACUAUUAAUAUUAAUGAUUUCCACUUAGAAGUUUCAAGAGUGGUGCAUUUGUUUUUCGGAAAGUUUUGGUGCAUUUUAAAUAUCGAUAACUUGUCUGUAAUAGCAAUGAUGUAGGGUGAUUAAGUGAAGUGAUGUUUUACAUAUAACAUAUGCACCUGUAUGUCAUGUAUGUGUAUCUCAUACCAAGAAUAGCCCUGUGGGUUCAAGUCCAACUCAUGCUAGCUUCCUGUCCGGCCGUACGUGGGUAGGCCUGCAGCAACCUGUGGAUGGUCAUGAGUUUCCCAAGGGCUCUGCCCAGUUUCCUCCCACCAUAAUACUGGUCGCCCUUGUAUAAGGGAAAUAUUCUUGAGUACGCCGUAAAACACCAAUCAAAUAUACAAAUACCAGAAUAGCAAGAAGAAGACAGUAUUAAGUAUUAUAGUAUAUAUUCAUAUAUAUAUAUAUCCAUAUAUAUAUGUACCAGAACACCACUUUGCCAGCGCUACAAACUUUUGUUUCUGGUUUCUAGUCUUGGCCUCGAACAUGGUGUUGAGCUAGUCUGUGUGACUACAUGUGCUUGUAACAGGGAUAAAUGACCUGGAUCAGUGAGUGUGAAGUCCAACAUAAGCUCACUAGGUUAACGUCAACACCUUGUAACUUUUCUGUGCAGUUAUCUGUAAUGCUAUUAUGUAAAUCAUACAUAUGCAGAUACAAAUGUUGUGAAUUUUGUUAAGAAGUACAUGUUUUUGUUUACUUGACACUUGUUCCUUUUACAUAAAGAUUGUUGUAUUUACAUGACAUUCCAUUGGCUGAACUAUCUUCCAGUAACAUUACUGUUACAUCGACCUUGUGUAUUUAAUUUCUGUAGUAUUACUGUUUGUUUUUUUUUCUUUAAAUUUAUUUACAAUAUUUUUGAGUAUGGCAUAAAACACUAAUGAAGUAAAUAAAUAAAGAA